UUUUAUGCAACACAGUAGUUUGACCUCUGCUUAUCUUUGUUUCAGCCUGAUUGCUACUUUCGCAUUUUCAUGUCAGGCAUCUGAGGAGUGGUUGCAUCGCUACAGUGAAUAUUUAAGUGAUUAUCCUCAGUCUGUCUCUGGCCACAUUCCCAGCCAGGAGUCUAGGUCCCUCCCACAAAGCUGAAAUUUGCUCCUCCCACUCCUCAGACGUCUGUAUGGAGGACUAUGACAUGGACAUGGAUGAAGAAGAGGAGGGAGAGCUAUUCAUAAAAAAGGGCACAAGACAUUGGUGGGAGGACUCUGGAGAUAAUGACAGCUCUGACAUUCAGCACAAGAGAGGGGGAAGAGGCUGCAUGGUAAACAGUUGCAGUUGGGCUGAGGAGCUCCAGGAUAUCUUCGCACCACAGGCAGAAGAUUGCUAUAGUGGGAGUCGACCCAGGCUGUCCAGCAUCUCUGCCCAGCGCAAUGAGAGAGAGUCCAUCAGGCAGAAACUUGCCCUUGGCAGUUUCUAUGACGACGAGCCAGUCAUUUACACCAGCUGCAGCAAGAACGGCCCGUCCUCCCGGCUGCAGACUGGGGUGAACCUGCAGGUGUGUUUUGUCAACGACAGUAGCAGUGACAAAGACAGUGAUGCCGAGGACAGCAGGACAGAGACCAGCCUGGAUACACCGCUAUCCCCCAUGAGUAAGCAGAGCUCGUCUUUAUCAGACCGAGACACAGCAGAGGAGGACUCGGACCCGUUAGAUGACUGCGGCGGGUUCUGGAGGGUCCAGCGGAGGCUCCAGGAAGAGGCCCGGGUAGCUCUAGCUCUGGCACGACCCAUGGCCCGCAUGCAGGUCGAGGUGGAGAGGCAAAUCCAGCUGCACAGACGUUCACCAGUGGCCGAUUUGCUGCCCCAUCUGCCCCACAUCAGCGAGGGCUUGAUGAAGAGAAAUCUGAGGAGAGGAGACAUGAGGGACAUGAGUCUCGGCCAGCUGCAAGUCAUCACCAACGACUUACACUCACAGAUACAGAGUCUAAAUGAAGAGCUGGUGCAGUUGCUGCUGAUGAGGGAUGAACUCCAUGUGGAGCAGGACGCCAUGCUGGUGGACAUAGAAGACCUCACCAGGCACGCCCAUACUCAACAAAGACACCUGGCAGAGAAAGCUGUCUCCAAAUAGACAACCUGUCUGUCUGUCAGCCUGCCCCCCCCCUUACUUUCUCCGUUCAACCUUGCACUCCAUUGACUGUCACCGGUGUUACCAAUGAAACUCCAUCUGUACUGUCUUUGGAGAAUUAAAACAUCAUAUUAACACACAAACACACACACACACUCACACACUACGGGAAGCUGUCAGAGGACAUAGUCAUUUUAGCAGGACAACAGGAUAUUUUUUUGAAGAAGCUGAGUGAUCACUGCUUUUGUCAUGGCCGUGGUUUAUGCAGGCUUCUUACCUCCACCCACAGUGAAACUGACCAUGCCAUAUUUAAUAGACUUAUAGGGAAUCCUCUCAACUUAAUUCCAUCCCUACCUCUGAUUUUCCUCAUUAUGGUCUAGCAUGGUAUGCUUGCAUACACAGAAGUAUGCUGGGUGAGAAAGAAACCCUGUUACUUGCCUCUGUAAAAGUGGUGAUAAAUAAUAGAAGGGCCACACAGAAGGGAGCCCAUGAAUUAUAAAGUUUGUAUCCUGAUGACAGUCUCAAUAAUAAUCCCAGGAGCUAUUGGUUUGUCUGUAGGUUGCCCUGUUCAAUCAGCUCCAUGCUUCUUCCUAUCACUAAGGGUAUACUGCAUUGUAGCUGUUAGAACUCAAUAAUAUACUCCUGCUAUUUGAGAUGUUGCAGUACACAGUUAUGAACACUUACCUGUGCAAGAUUUGCAGCUUAGCUUCACAAUGGUGUUUAAAUGUUGCAACCAAGUGCACCAUGCAAGGUCUUGUAUGGAUCAUUUAGACACACAAAUGGAUGUAACUGAUUAGCUGCUGUUGCACAAUUUCCACAUGCUUUAAUGUUAUGUAUUUAGAGCUUUACUGGGUAUCAGUUUGAGCUUAAUUUAGCCAAAAUUGCAUUUUGUCAGGAUGUAUUGAUCUUCUCUCUGUCUGUGUGAUAAACACAAUCAAAAGCUGUGGGUUCAGAAAAAAAUACAUUCUGGCAACGUUCAAACUCGAGGGGAGGCAUGAUAAAUGUCAGUGUUGGUGUGUACCUCAUGGGCAGCCCCUACAACAUGCAAUGUGAAUCUUGUUAUAUCCUAUGUACUUAUGCACAUGAAAGGGGGAAAUCCUCAGAAAUGUAAUACAAAUGUAUCAAUAGAUUCAAAAGUUAUAGCCUACAACUUUUACUAUUUUAUCUGUUCAAAAGGUUUAUGGAAUUUAUGGACAUAUAUGGGAAAAAAGACUUUAUUAAAUGGAUGAAAAACAUGCCUUGUUGUUUGGUGUUUAAUAGUUUUUUCUCACUCAUUCUCAGCUUUUUAAGAAUGUCAUUUAACACUCUCUACAUUAGGCUUUCUUUUUUUCUAUUGUAAAGUACUCUUCCUUGAUAAAUGUAUUGUAUAACAUUUGUGGGGGGAAAAAUCAAAUAAUAAAUGUUUCAAGUGUGUUAA